AUGGAUAUUGUCGCAGUUGUGAAAGAAUUGGUAGCUGGCCAAGCGGAUUUAUUGCAGAAAUUUGUUGCUUCACAAGAAUCUUUGAAAGAAUUUAUUGCAGCGUCUCAAGCAAAAGGAGUGUCUGUUGAAACAAAGCUGCCAAAGCUAGAUUUAAAGACAUUCAGCGGAGGUUACGUUCAAUGGUCUGAAUUUUAUGAUACGUUCCAGUGUGCCGUACAUUCAAAAGUAGGAUUAGCACCUGUGCAGAAGUUGCARUACUUAAAGGCAUGUCUCAAGGGAGAAGCCGCCGCGUUGGUACGCAAUUUGAAUCUCAAUAACGACAAUUACACCAUCGCACUACAAUUAUUGAAGAAAAGAUACGAGAAUGUAAAGAACAUAAGGGAAGCUCAUUUGGAUGCUAUUUUCAACUUCCCUAUCAUUACUUCAAAGGCUGAAAUUAAUCUUCGAAAAUUGUGCAGUGUUAUGAGUGAAAACGUCCAAGCUUUAAGAAACCUGGGUGAAGCGACGCAACACUGGGACUCUUUACUUAUUUAUCUGUGCAAGAAAAAGCUCGACGCGGAAUCCCGAUUUCAGUGGGAAAAGCAUUCUGCGGAUAUGGACAACCCAUCAUUUGAGGAAAUGAAGGAUUUUCUAUCGAAACAUGCUUAUGCAUUGGAAGCUUCUGGAGAGAAAUCAGUGAAAAGGCCUACAACUGCUAAAAGUUUCAACGUUGUUCAAGGAGAUGUUUGUUUUCUCUGUAAUGGUGACCAUCGUKUGCCUUUUUGUACACAAUUUACGUCUUUAUCACCACAAGAAAGGAAGAGUAAAGUUGUGGGAUUGCGUCUUUGCCUAAGACAUCAUUUUGUAUCUCGUUGCCCGAAACCCGCAAGUUGUAAUACUUGUCAAAGGAAACACCAUCCUACUCUGCAUUACGAAGAAACAAGUAAAGAAAAUGUCGGUGUCAAAGAAUCUUCUGCUUCUUCGAGUAGUCAUUUGGCUCAGGUUGUUGAGCCUGAUAAAGAAGUUCUAUUAGGAACUGCACUUGUUCACGCGCUUUCUUCAAAUGGYGAAAAGGUGUUAUGCAGAGUUUUGCUGGAUCCUGGGUCACAGUCAAGCUUUGUAUCCAAAGGAUUUGUGCAACGUUUGCGUCUUAGCAAGAAUUCACUGAAGGAUUGUGUAAGGAUUUGUGGCAUUGGCGGAGUUUCAAAAGGAGUURYCAACCAAUYAGCMCAAGUUGUAUUAUCGUCAUUGGUUCCUGGUUUUACUCCAGUUACGGUAAACACGCUGAUAAUGGAUCGUGUUACUUCAAAUAUUCCAAGGCAUGGGAUAAGGARUAUUKACUGGCCUGAACUUGAGAAUCUUUGUUUAGCGGAUGAGCAUUUCCGUACAACUGGUCCAAUCGACGUGUUGCUGGGCGCAGAUGUGUAUCCAAAGCUUGUGGAAACUGGUAUGAUGGUUCUUAACAGCCCUAACAAAGAGUUGGCUCAGCAAACCAUUUUCGGAUGGGUUAUUACUGAAUCUACUUUUAUUCAUGAUGAUUCAUUGGAUCAAGUUGCUUCAAAGAAUGAUAAAGUUUCUUUUUUGGUGCAAAUUGACGACGCUCUUAAACGCGUCUGGGAGAUUGAGAAAAAUCCGCGCGUCGAGCAGUGGUCCUUAGAAGAAAAGGAAUGUGAGCGACAUUUCAAAGAAACUACUUUUCGACAGCCUGAUGGCAGACACGUUGUGUCGUUGCCAUUUAAAGGACACUGURAUGUUGGAGAAAGUCGUCAACAGGCUUUACAACGCUUUCARGGUACAGAACGGCGUUUUGCUAACAAUGYAAGUUUUAAGGAAGCUUACAGUGCUGUUAUGCAGGAGUACAUUGACUUAAAUCAUGCAGAAAAAGUACCCGAAGGAAGUGYGAAUGUACCUACAUCGUAUUAUAUGCCUCAUCAUGGUGUUGCUAAGGAAACAAGCUCUACAACAAAGCUUAGAGUAGUCUUUGAUGCGUCAGCUAAAUCGUCAUCUGGGAGUUCGCUUAAUGACUGUCUUAUGGUUGCACCAAAGAUUCAAGACGACCUGAUUAAURUUUUGAUGCGAUUUCGUUUGCAUCCAGUGGCUUUCUCUGCGGAUAUCGAGAAAAUGUAUCGUCAGGUUGUGUUACACCCGCAUGAUCGUGACUUUCAUCGAUUUUUGUGGAGAGAUGGUGCGUCAAUGGACAUUGGAGAGUAUCGGAUGUCUACUGUCACCUUCGGAGUUGCAUCAUCAGCCUACCAUGCGCAAAUAGUCUUAGUUCAACUGGCGGAAGACGAAGCAUUGAACUACCCUCUAGCUUCUAAAGUUGUGAAACAGGAUUUAUACAUGGACGACUGUUUGUCCGGAGCGCCAAAUGUGGAAAAGGCUGUUGAAUUGCAACAACAACUGAUGGAUAUGCUCAAGAGCGGAGGAUUUCGCCUGCGCAAAUGGUCUUCAAAUAGUCCCGAGUUGUUAAAGCAUCUUCCGCAAGAUAUUUGUGAGCUGAAAACUGCAGUGGAUAUCGACUUCGACCACACAAACACUGUAAUCAAGACCUUAGGAAUGCAUCUAAUUCCAAGCUGCGACUCGUUUGUUUUCAAGGUGAAGUCUGACGAGAUGACKUCUUCACAGAGYUSUACAAAGCGCCAGUUUCUAUCUAAAUCUUCGCGUAUUUUCGACCCGCUGGGUUUGCUGGCWCCUGUCCUGAUUUUUACAAAGCUUUUGUUUCAAAAGUUAUGGCUGUGCGAAAUUGAAUGGGAUGACCCUUUACCUGACGAGCUUUUUGAGGCAUGGUCUGACUGGAAAAUGGACCUGCCAAAGUUGCAAGAAAUUAAGCUGCCACGUUUGAUUGUGCCAAGGGGCUUAAGCCAUGUAGUUUGCUACGAAAUUCAUGGAUUCUCUGAUUCUCUUCAAAAGAAUAUCUCUACCAAGACUGGAGCUGUGUGGAGCACUUCUCGUUGCACGACUUAUGAAGAGGGUUCAAGAGGCACUCAACUUAAAGCUUGA